AUGCCUUCGGAGCGCCCGGGUAGCCGCUUCGGCAACCCGGAGCAAAACAGUGUGCAUCCGUCCUCCGCUUCGACAUGUCACGAGCUACAUGUUUGUUGGUACGGAAUACCUGAACAGGUGAAUGCCAGAGACCAUGCACUCAUGAUGAGUGCCGAACGGGUGAGCCAGCUGAGCUCCCAGGUGCAGCGUGCGCAGCUGGACCAUCGACAGCUAAGACAGAAGCUUGAAUACAUGGCUGCGCAGCAAGAGGAGCUCGAGCGGCUGCUCGCACCUCUCGAAGCUGCAAUGAAGCGGGCGCCUGGCCUGUCCGUGCAGCAGCACGCCGACCUACAGCGAGAGGACACGUAUCUCAUGGCGGAGGACAUCUACUGCCAGCUGAGCUCUGUGUCGCAGAACGUUAUAAACCUCACAGCACAGCUGAAUGUGGCCAACGCAUGUGUCGUGCAGGACGAACCGCUGCAGCAGCUCUCAAAGGUGCUGAGCUCCCACAUGGAUGCCCUUGCGUGGGUGCAACAAAAAGCGGGUAUCUUGCAGCAGAAGCUCCAGAAGAUCAAUAGUGACUGCCAGCAGCAGAGGACCAAACCACCGCUGAAGCGCUGA